GGUUCGGACCCUCUCCCCGAACCCAGGGUAACUCUUAAAGUGGAGGGGACCCCUGUUGUCUUCCUUGUCGACACCGGAGCACAACAUUCGGUCCUCCGCACCCCACAAGGAAAACUAGCCAGCAAGAAGUCCUGGGUACAAGGGGCAACUGGUAUGAGCCAGUAUUCAUGGACUACCCGAAGAACAGUAGAUUUGGGAAUGGGCCGGGUAUCCCACUCCUUUAUGGUAAUACCAGAAUGCCCCUACCCGCUGUUAGGACGGGACUUACUGACCAAGAUUGGAGCUCAGAUAACUUUCAGACAAGGGGGGCCUCAGGUCACCGAUGGCAAGGGCCACCCCAUCCAGGUACUAACCAUGAAACUGGAGGAUGAAUACCUCCUCCACCAGGAGGCACUCCCGAGAGAGGAUAAUAUAGACAGAUGGCUACAAGAAUUCCCCUCGGUUUGGGCAGAGACUGGGGGGGGGGGAAUGGGACUAGCCGCUCAUAGGACCCCAGUCCUGGUAGAGCUCAAGCCAGGAGAGAGUCCGGUAAGGAUCAAACAAUACCCCAUGUCUCAGGAGGCCCGGAAGGGGAUCCAGCCACACAUCCGGAGACUACGAAGCCUAGGGGUACUAGUUCCUUGCCAGUCUGCCUGGAACACCCCCUUACUGCCGGUCAAAAAGCCUCACACAAAUGACUAUCAACCGGUACAAGACCUCCGGGAAGUAAAUAAGAGGGUCGCGGACAUACACCCAACUGUUCACAACCCAUAUAUUCUCUUGAGCUCCUUGGCGCCCUCCAGGGUCUGGUAUACUGUACUAGAUUUAAAGGACGCCUUCUUCAGUCUGCCGCUGGCACCCCAAGGCCAACCCCUGUUCGCCUUCGAGUGGCAUGAUCCGGAGGAGGGCUACAGCGGGCAACUCACCUGGACACGGCUACCUCAGGGAUUCAAAAAUUCACCCACCAUCUUCGACGAGGCACUACACGAGGACCUGGGUGAGUACAGAAGGGAGCACCAUGGCCUCACCCUCCUACAGUACGUAGAUGACAUCCUGAUUGCUGCCGACACGGCCAAAGACUGUGAGCGAGGGACCCAGUACCUGCUGGCUACCCUGGGGGCUUUAGGGUACCGGGCAUCCGCGAAGAAGGCUCAGAUAUGCAGGGAGAGGGUAAGUUACCUGGGAUAUAUCCUGGAGGGUGGACAGCGGUGGUUAUCAGAUGCCAGAAAAGAAACUGUCCUAAAGAUCCCUACUCCCACCUCCCGAAGAGAAGUGAGGGAAUUCCUAGGAUCAGCCGGCUACUGCCGCCUCUGGGUUCCAGGUUUUGCUGAGAUCGCCAGGCCCCUAUAUGAAGCUACCGAAGAGGGGAAAACAUUUAAAUGGACUGAAAAAGAAGAAAUUGCCUUUAAUCGGUUAAAAAAGGCCCUCCUAAGUGCCCCAGCCCUGGGCCUACCAGACAUUACGAAACCCUUCCACCUCUUUGUAGACGAACAUAAGGGAAUAGCAAAAGGGGUUCUAACUCAAGCCUUAGGCCCCUGGAACCGCCCAGUGGCUUACCUGUCUAAGAAACUAGACCCAGUGGCUGCUGGCUGGCCGCCAUGCCUAAGAAUUAUUGCGGCGACAGCACUCCUAGUCAAGGAUGCAGACAAACUGACCCUAGGACAGGAGAUCUGGAUCACGACCCCACACGCCAUUGAAGGGGUCCUGAAACAGCCUCCGGAUAGAUGGAUGAGCAAUACACGUAUGACUCAUUACCAGAGCCUCCUACUCAACCCUCCACGAGUGUGGUUCCACCCCAGUGCAGCCCUCAAUCCUGCAACCCUGCUGCCCGACCCUGACCUAGGUGCUCCACUACAUGACUGUGCGGGAAUUCUGGAACAAGUACAUGGAUUCCGGAUGGACCUGACCGACCAGCCCCUCCCCGAUGCCGAGGCUACUUGGUUCACUGAUGGCAGCAGCUUUGUGCGAGAUGGACACAGGUAUGCGGGUGCAGCGGUGGUCACCGAAACGGACACCGUAUGGGCGGAGGCUCUACCCUCCGGAACGUCAGCCCAGCGAGCAGAGCUCAUAGCCCUCACCAAGGCGAUGAUGCUGGGAGCUGGAAAACGGCUUAACAUCUACACAGACAGCCGUUAUGCAUUUGCCACAGCUCAUAUUCAUGGGGCAAUUUAUCAGGAGAGGGGGUUACUGACGGCAGAAGGACGGACUAUAAAAAAUAAGCAGGAGAUACUUAACCUGCUUACGGCCUUAUGGCUUCCUGCCAAGCUAGUCAUUAUCCACUGCCAAGGGCACCAAAAAGCUGAUAACCCAGUAGCUAGAGGUAAUUGAAAGGCUGACCAGGCAGCCAAGGCAGUAGCCCUUACUCCAAUCCCCACCAUGACCAUACAACUACCGGACCCGGGAGACCCAAUAAAGGGAUGGUGGUAUACACCUAACAAGGAGCUCGUGCUGCCAGACCGGCUCGGAGUCUCAAUAUUAGAGCACAUGCAUCGGUCUACUCACAUGGGGGCCUGAAAAUUAAAAGACUUAAUCCGACAUGCCGGAAUCAAGAUUCACCAACAGGACACCAAAAUAGAGCAAGUUGUAUCUGCCUGCAAGACCUGCCAACUCACCAACGUGAGAGCCACAUCAAAUAAAAAAGGAACCAGGCUCAGAGGCACCAGACCGGGAGCCCAAUGGGAAGUCGACUUCACUGAAGUCAAACCAGGAAAGUAUGGUUAUAAAUAUCUUUUAGUAUUUACAGACACCUUCUCUGGCUGGGUGGAGGCAUACCCAACCAAGCAUGAAACGGCUCAGAUGGUGGCAAAGAAGCUACUAGAAGACAUCUUACCCAGGUAUGGUUUUCCUGCCAUGGUAGGAUCAGACAAUGGACCAGCUUUUAUCUCGCAGGUAACACAUGCAGUAGCCAAGGCGGUGGGGGCAAACUGGAAAUUACAUUGUGCUUAUAGGCCCCAGAGUUCAGGACAGGUAGAAAGAAUGAAUAGAACCCUAAAAGAGACCCUUACCAAAUUAACCAUGGAGACUGGCGGGGACUGGGUGACUCUCCUACCGUACACCCUUUACCGGGUUAGAAACACUCCUUACACUCUGGGUUUUACUCCCUACGAGAUCAUGUUUGGCAGGCCACCCCCUGUUAUUCCCAGCCUUCGAGCUGAACUUCUUGCAGAGUUUAAAGAUCAAGAACUUUCUCUUUCCUUGAGAGGGCUCCAGAGGGCGCAUGAGGACAUUUGGCCGCGCCUCCGUGCCAUCUACGAGGCUGGCCCGACCCCGACACCUCAUCAGUACAAGCCGGGAGACUGGGUCUAUGUCAAGAGGCACCACCGAGAGACUCUCGAGCCGCACUGGAAGGGACCCUACAUUGUAGUGCUGACAACCCCCACCGCUCUCAAAGUAGACGGCAUCGCGACCUGGGUCCAUCACACCCACGUUCGGCCAGCGGACCCCUCCUCGAUCCGGAAGGACUUCGUCACGCGAUGGGCCAUCAGUCGGGACCAACACAACCCGCUCAAGCUCAAGCUACAGCGCAUUCGACCCACCUAAUAUUGGUAACUCUGUUAACUCUGCUUGUCAUUGCUCAUGCUGCCGGGAGUCCCCACGCCCCCCAAAACAUCACCUGGCAGAUCAUAGAUACCAGCUCAGGGACAAUACUUAAUUAGACCUCCCAGAGCCACCCCAGGGACACAUGCUUCCCAGAACUUAGCAUAAACCUUCAAACUCUGUUCCCCUUGUCACCAUAAAUGCCCCCGGUCCCAUGAUUGGGUCCGUAAGUUACAUGACAAGGGGGGAAUGAAAGGGCGGGCCUAGGCCGGCCGACUCCAUCUUGUUCUGUGUUCUCCACCUUGAGUGCCUAUGUCCCCGACAUGACCCCUUUUCUGGGAAAAUCACAGAAACCUCAGACCGCGCCUCCUCCCCUUGAGUAACCUCCCGCUCACCCGUUCAAACUUCCUGAUCAAAACACGCCCAGCGACCUGCAUAACAGGACUCCGACCCUUCCCCAGCCAAUCGGCUGAGGCCACAGCCAUUACCUCACCAACUGCCCCUAGAGCCCUA